UACGCAAGAAACUAGUCUAGUGUAGAUGGUGUUGCAGUUUCGCUUUUAUUUGUCAAAAUAUAUGCAAUUAAUUGUUAAUUAAGUGUUAAUUAAUUAAUAUUAAAUCAUGUCUACAACAAAGGAAGAUGAUCCUUAUGCGUAUGCUGCAAAAGGACCUCUCAAAUUAAAAAUCGAUCAGGCCGUGAGCAAAAAGAAAAAGAAAAAGGAUAAACAAAAUAAAAAGUUAGCAGAGAUAGCCAAUAAAAUUCAAGAGGAGGAGGAGAAGAAACCACAGAAUGUUGAAAUAAAACGUACUAAGGCAGAAAUAGCUUUUCAAAAGAUGCAAGAAAAAAUGCAAAACGAGAGAAUAAAACAGAAAGCUUCUAUGACUCACAAGCAACGUGUUGAAGAAUUCAAUAGGCAUUUGGAUAGUUUGACAGAACACUUUGAUAUACCGAAAGUCAGUUGGACCAAAUAAGGAUAUUAUUUGUUUAAGAUUACAAACAUAUUUUUAUUUAUUUAGAUUAUAAAUAACAAUCUUGUAUGAUAGUUUAAAGUAUAACAGAGACAUGGUAUAAGCUCAUUAAUAAUUCUUUAUAUUUUUUAAUAAAAAAAAUGAUAAAAUUUCA